AUGUAUUGCAGUAGCACUUUCCUGGACAUCCUAGCAAAUGCCUUGCUAAUCAGCAAUAAGGUAGUUAAUCGUGGUGACCCAUAUCCACAAGAGGUGGGAGCUACUGUUCAAAAGGUGAUGGAGAAACUCGGCCAUUGUAAUCCAUAUAGGCUUGUGUGGCAGUCCAAGGUCGGCCCAAUGGCUUGGUUGGGUCCUCAGACGGACGACACUAUUAAGGGCUUUUGCCAGAGGGGAAAGAAGAACAUUUUGCUAGUUCCAAUAGCAUUCACCAGCGAUCACAUUGAAACACUCUAUGAGCUUGACAUUGAAUAUGCGCAGGUCUUAGCCAAUGAGUGUGGAGUUGAAAAUAUCAGAAGAGCAGAAUCCUUGAAUGGAAAUCCAUUGUUCGCCAAGGCUCUGGCAGAUUUGGUCUGCUCACACCUCAAGUCGAACGAACUGUGCUCCAAGCAGUUAACACUCAGUUGCCCGCUUUGUGUGAAUCCCACUUGCCGAAAAACCAAAUCAUUUUUUACUAGUCAGAUAUUGUGAAAAUGUAUACUGGGAGAUGCUAUCGGGUCAUUGGCUGGAGUAGACAAUACAGAUU